AUGGCAGAAACAAAAGACACCCACAUUGUUGUAAUCCCAAUAGAUGAAGAGCAUAACAACAAGCUCUCAUCUUCAAUGUUGUCCAACAACAUCAUUGAGGCCAUAGAAGAUCACCCUCUGACCGAGAUCUCAGAGAGUCCUGGUCAUCUCUUGCUAUUGAAGCUAUGGCAGAGAGAAGAGGAUCUCUUUGCUAAACGCAUUGCCAGAAAAGAGACCAGAAUGGACUCUAUAAAAUCUGAACUCUUCCAACUAUGCUCUUUUUUCUUCAUCUUUCAUGGGUUCUUCUCAACUCUCUUGUUCACUUCUUGGGUCAGUGCCCAACAACAACACCAUAGUGUUUGUAAGAAGUGGUGGGUUCCUUCCAUGGUGUCCCUCUGCACAUCCCUUGUGUUUGUGUUUCUUGUUCAGGUGAAGGUGCAUAGGUAUUGGAAGGUGUGGGGGCAGUUGCAAAGGGAGAGGAAUGAUAGCAGGGCUUUGACUAGGUGCAUUCAGGAGUUGAGGAUGAAAGGGGCAAGCUUUGAUUUGUCUAAGGAGCCUCAGAGUGUGAAGAGGAUGAAGAGCUCUAGUGUUGAGAUCAAAUGGAAGCCACUCACUUGGUGUUAUCAGAAUUUACUCACCAUUUGUCUUGUUUGCUUUACAGGUUUGGCUUUUCCUGCUUCCAAGUUUGUUCUUUGCUGCUUGUGA